UUCCGCCUUGUCUACUUUCACGUCUUCUUGCUCCUCCGCUAUUACUUAAUUUUACCUCAUUUUACCAAAGACCGGUCUGAAAGCAUUCGAGAUAAAAAAGAGCCUUUUACAGUGUUUAGUGCAUACGCUACUGAUAAAAAGAUUCAUGCGCUUUACGACCGAUUUGCUGCACAUGCGUGGAACGUUCUUCACGCUAUAAGCUAUCACGGAUUUGUUUUAAAUCGACGAACCGGUAUCGUGGGAUUCAAGUUGAGAAUUUGCUGUAAAUUGCAGUAAUGACAAGUGUCACUUAAACUGGAAAGCAUAAAAACAUGAGUGCCGCAGUUAGGUCUGUUUUGCAUGACAAGGUAGCAAAAGUCCUGCGAAGUGGAACGUCUAAUGACAUCAACUUCAUCGCUUCUCAUUUAGUGUUGAGACUGAAUACGGAUGCUAAUAUGUUCUGUUUCCUCCUUCCUCUCAGGACGAGGGAAUAUGACGUACAAAAUGAUAUUCAUGAUGCGUCGCAUCAGACCGACGACUUUGUAAAUAAUAUCAGAGUUGUUAAAGAAUCCUCGAAAGAUACGUUGGCUUUUGAAGUUCCUAGGAAUGAAUUUAUUAAAUCGUUGUUGUUGAACAGCGUUGAGAACGUUUUCCGACCUAAAUUAAGUAAUUCUGAAAAAAAAGUUGUAGUUGAAUUUAGCUCUCCAAAUAUAGCUAAACCAUUUCACGUAGGGCAUUUGCGAUCAACGAUACUAGGCAAUUAUAUUGCUAAUCUAAACAGUUUUGUACAAAAUGAUGUUAAAAAAAUUAAUUAUUUAGGAGAUUGGGGCACCCAGUUUGGCUACGUGCAACUGGGAAUUGAUUUAUGCAAUGUUUCAAAAGAGUCCAUGGAAGCAAAUCCUAUUAAGGAGUUAUACAAAGCUUACGUACAUGCGAAUACGUUAACCAAAGAUGACCCCACUAUUGCUGACAAAGCCAGAGAAAUAUUUAAACAGUUAGAAAAUGGAGAAAGUGAAAACUUCACAAGAUGGGAAACCUAUAAGAAAUAUACGAUAGAGGAAUUACAAAAGAUCUAUGCCAGAUUAGGAGUUACCUUUGAUGAAUAUCAUUGGGAGUCAACAUAUAAUGCCAAAGCAGUAAAUAAUCUCAUUUCCAAAAUGGAGCAGUUGCGAUUACUGGAAACUGAUGCAGAAAACAGAAAAGUCGUGUCCAUAAAGAAAAUGAGGGUACCUAUCAUUAAAAGUGAUGGUUCUACAUUGUACAUAACAAGAGAUAUUGCAGCCGCAAUAGAUAGAUUUAACAAAUAUAACUUUGACCAUAUGUACUACGUCGUGGACAGUGGUCAGACUGAACAUUUCAACAAAUUAGUAGAAAUUUUAAAAUUAAUGAAAGAACCAUGGAUGGACAGACUAACGCAUGUAAAAUUUGGGAAAAUACAAGGGAUGAGUACUAGAAAGGGAACAGCAGUUUUUUUAGAUGACUUUUUAGAUGAGAUGAGGAAUGUCAUGCAGGAAAAGCAAAUACAAUCUCCUACGACAAAAGUUAAUGUGGAUGUAUCCAACCAUACUUCCGAUAUAUUAGGUAUAUCUGCUGUAAUAGUUAACGAUUUCAAGCAAAGAAGACAGAAAGACUACCAGUUUGAUUGGGAUACAGCUUUAGAUGUAAAGGGGGAUACAGGCGUAAAAAUGCAGUACGUUCAUUGUCGCCUGUCAAACUUGGAAAAGAAUUGCAAUGUAAAACUCGUGCACGAGUGCGAUCCAACUCUUUUAAUGGAGCCUGUCGUCGAUGAGGUUGCUCUGGUUCUUGGAAAAUUUGAAGAGAGUGUCUUUAAAUCAUAUCAAACAUUAGAGCCUUGCAUUCUGACGAUAUAUCUGUUUGCACUAUGCAACGUAACGAACAAGGCUAUCAAACUCCUACGAGUAAAGGGUGAGCCAACGGAUGUUGCUUCGCAGCGAUUACUUCUUUUCCAUGCUUGUAAAAAUGUAUUAGCCCAAGGAAUGAAAUUACUUGGAAUACAGCCCUUAGAUAAAAUGUAGAUCAUUUCAAAUGUUUACGUCACACCAGAUCUUUUUACCUCAGUAGGUUUAUAAUUAUCUACAUAUAAAUCAUACGAUGAUAGAAUUUGUAUGAAAUAAAGGGUGAACAUCUGUUAACAA